AUGCCCCGAACGAGAGAUUCAGAGGAUGUGGGUCAGGACAAAGUCGUAGUUCUCAAUGGUAGAGAGAUGAAUGGGAGGCCGAGAUGGGGCACUGUGAAUGGCAGUGCCGUCAUGGGAAGUACUACCGCAGAAAGGGCCACCAGUGACAGGCGGGGGGGUGCAGUGCAGUGUCUUGAUGAUGAUGUAACAUGUAGAGGUCUGCAAGAACUUCCAGACUUAUGCUAUAUCUUGCAGGAAGAGUUAGUUGAGAUUACGGUGGGUGAGGUGCCGAGCAGCGGAGGUCAAGAUGGAGGGUCCAGACAGCCGGCCCCCCAGCUACCCCCUCCCUCCCCCACCAACCAUAGAGGCAGACACCCACCAGCCGCCACCCUCUCUCCUCAGCAGCCACAACCCUCAUCUCCCUUGAAGCCACCAAUUUCUCCCCCUCUGAAACCUCCUCCCUCACCCCCCCUCCAGCCCCCUCCCUCUCCCCCUCCUCUCCAACCAUCACCUACCUCCCCUUCACAGACUUUUCCUAACCCAUCACUCCCUCACACUCCUCACUCUCCCCUGCCUCACACUCCCCUGCCCCAUACACCCCUUACUCCACACAGUCCCCUCACACCCCUCACCUCCCAGAGCACCCUGGCGUCUGAGGCUUCUGUGGACUCUGGCGUGGCUUCUGCUCAUUCACUGGACUUGUUGCACAAUAGUAGCAGCAGCCUGGAAACGCACGCACUCCGUAGAAGGGCUGGAAGUAGUGUGAGCAGUGGGACAAGUGAGGUGUGGUUGGGUUCCCUGGAUGGUGAUCCAGCUGGCCUGGAGGUCCUUCCUGAGCUCUGGCCUCAUUCUGAGAGUCCCUCAGCUCCCAAACACAGUCCAUCAGCUUCAAAUCAUAGCCCUUCAUCCUCCCACCAUAGUCCAACAUCACCCCAUCACAGCCCUUCAUCCUCUCACCACAGUCCAUCGUCCCCACACCACAGCCCCUCACCCAGCCGCCUCAGCCCUAUAACAUGUCCCAGCCCUGUCCCAGUCCAGCAGAGCUCCAACCACCUCCUCCUGCCCCAAGAGACGGCUCCCCCUGGACCCAACCCCCCACCGGAAGAUCGGGAGUCAAAGUGGCACUCCUCGCCCCCGAGAGAAAACCCUAAGGAAGCUUUUUCAUCUGUGAUACCACUUCACCCUAGUGCCCUAAGCCCUCACACAGGCCCUGUGCCAGCAGUGAGUGAGGAAGGUGGAAAGAACAGACAGAAUUGUGUCAUAACAGUAAACUCCGUUUCAAGUAAAAAUAUACUUAAUAACGGACAAUCCUUGAAAAAAAUUAAAUCAAGGGAUCGUUCAUAUUAUGAUGCAAGCUUUUGUAAGGAGAACCAAUCAGUGUUACAUAAAUAAUUUAAAUUGUGUUUUAAGAAAACAGAAAGACGAUCUGACAUAUGGCAGCAGUAGUGACGUUGAGCGUAUGGCCAGAGAGGGUUGUGUGUGGAUUGAUAAGUUUGCGUCAUUGUUUGUGAAACAAGUGCUUGAGGAGGCACUGACUGUGAGUUGUUCAAUAGGAUGGUCCAUC